AACCUUCCUGUAUCAUGAGCACUGACUGCUAGAUAAAGAUUUGGCGAUUUACGACAGCAGAAACCCAUCAGAGCUAUCCGGCUCCACUCGAUUCUGUGCCAUGGAGGACGCAAACAUCACUCACUUGGCGGCCGUGUUCGUGAACCCUCAUGGCCAGGUGCCUGUUCUGGACACUCAUGACACCUCCACAGACUUCUACGACAUGGACUAUGGUGUUCCUUCAGAGGAGAUGCCGGACACCACGCAGGGCCUGGCCUACUUCGUGGCCACCAUAGUCAUCGGAGCCGUGCUCGUCUGCAUCAUGCUGGUGUGCGGCAUUGGCAACUUCCUCUUCAUAGCCACUCUGGCCCGAUACAAGAAACUCAGGAACCUCACCAACCUGCUGAUCGCCAACCUAGCCAUCUCCGACUUCAUAGUGGCUGUGGUCUGCUGCCCUUUCUUGUUGGAUUAUUACGUGGUCAAGCAGCUCUCCUGGGAUCAUGGGAAAGUGUUGUGUGCUUCCGUCAACUACCUCAGGACUGUGUCUCUCCAUGUGUCCACCAAUGCCUUACUGGCCAUCGCUAUAGACAGGUACAUGGCCAUUGUUCAUCCCUUGAGGCCCAGAAUGAAGCACCAGACUGCAUACUGCCUCAUAACAGGGGUGUGGAUUGUCCCCGUGCUCAUUUCCAUUCCCUCCGCGUAUUUCGCUUCCAUGACCAAAGUCCCCCACGGAGCCAACCACAGCAAGACCUUCUGCGCCCAGAUCUGGACGGUGGACCAGCAGCUGUAUUACCGCUCUUACUUCUUGUUCAUCUUCGCCGUGGAGUUCGUGGGACCUGUGUUCAUCAUGUCCCUGUGCUAUCUGCACAUCUCCAGAGAGCUCUGGUUCAAGAGCAUGCCUGGUUUCCAAACAGAGCAGAUCCGCAAACGCCUGCGCUGCCGCAGGAAGACAGUCAUGGUGCUAAUCGGCAUUCUCACGGCGUACAUCCUCUGCUGGGCUCCGUACUAUGGCUUCACCAUCCUGCGUGAUUUCCACCCCACGCUCAUUUCCCGCGAUAGGAACUCUCUGGUGGCGUUCUACAUCAUCGAGUGCAUCGCCAUGAGCAAUAGCAUGAUCAACACGUUCUGCUUCGUCAGUGUAAAGAACAACACUGUCAAAUAUUUAAAGAGGAUUGUUCUCCUCCGCUGGAAAUCCACCUACACUUCCAGGAAGAAUGCAGACGAGACAGACAUCGAUCCCCACCUCACUGAAUGUAGAAAGGGAGCCGAGCUGACCCAUGUUACAGAUGAUUAAAGAGUACUGAUGAUGCUGCUUCUGGGCAUUGUUCUGCAGAUUAAUAUCACGUGACUGAUGUUAAUGUUUAGCACAAAUUAUCAUUUCAGUUGUUUUGCAUGAGUGUAUUAACUACUUGUAACAAUACAACCUUCGUAAUCAUCGGGAAGAAGGAGGCGGGAACCGGCGGACAAUCAACUGAAACUUUAAUAAUCGAAAUAAACACAAAACAGCGCUACAGCCCCUCGUGGACAACUGUUGCGCACAAAUAAAAAGCAAGCACAAAAUAAAGUCCAGGCCUGGUCCUCUCUCGUCCGUCACUGUCGUCACUCCAGUUUUAUAUCCCUCCAUCUCCUCCGUGGGACUCGAGACUGGUGGGUUGAGCAGGUGUCGCUCAUUCCCCAAUCACUCCACCGGCCUCACUCCUGUACCCAAGUCUAUCGGCCCCGCCCCACUCAUCACACUACUCAUCCCUUAAAACUUUGAGAAUGACAAAGCAAUGGUACAAUAUAGAACUACUUCCUUACAGUCACUGAUUAUGAAUGCUUUUCUUUGUAAGAUAUAAGUUACAAUUAUUUAAGCAUGUGUUCAGAGACUCAACAACAUUCAUGUUGCUUUGUGAGAGUAGCUCGGUAUGCUGACCUUUUAAUUGCAAAUCUAUGUUGUUAAAGCCUUUUCUGAUGGAGGUUUUAUUCUGGAUUAUGGGUAGUGUAUUAAUCUAAAUUAAAGUUUACACAUUUUCAUAUGGUAUUGUUAAAAAUCAGUUUCUCUGUGAAGAAAAUGAGUGGAAUUUUUACUUCAGAACACCUUUGAUUUUUCUGCAGAUUUUGUAGAAAUAUAUUUAUGACCUCAUUGAACAACCAUAUAUUAAGUUACUGUUACAUAAUAUAGAUUAUAAAAAAGAUUCCUUUUUAUUGAAAAAUGAGGUCCUUUAUUAGUCAAUGUUUUAUAUGUGAAAGUUUCUUUUUCCUUGGUAAAAAAAAAAUAUAUAUGGUUAUUUGCUGUCUUUUGUAUUGGUUAAUAAAAUAUCUGCAUGUAUUCUAGCCCACUAAAGUAAAACCUGAGAAUAAAACCUUGUGUCAUGUACAGUCCUUGAAUUUUAGAGAAAUAAUUCAAGGAACGAUAUCGACCAGUUUAGAGGUAAUGUGGAGAUGUUCGAUCUCACAUUACCUGCGAGUUAUAUUUCUGUUUGCUCUUUAAAGCAGGG